ACAUCAGGUAGUCGUAGCGCUUAUGGUUCCGCUUUGACGAGCCAGUCCGUGACGUCUCGUUUAGGCUUAGUGAACGCAGCCGAGUGUGCGAUGUCAAGAUACAGUCGGCACGGAGGAGAGACUAAAGUUUAUGUGGGUAACCUGGGCACUGGUGCAGGGAAAGGCGAGUUAGAGCGGGCAUUUGGUUAUUACGGGCCGUUGAGAACUGUGUGGAUUGCUAGAAACCCUCCAGGGUUCGCCUUUGUGGAGUUUGAAGAUCCCAGAGACGCUGAGGAUGCCGUCCGUGGCCUCGAUGGCAAAGUGAUCUGUGGAACCCGUGUACGUGUGGAAUUAUCUACAGGAAUGCCGCGCCGCUCCCGUUACGACCGGCCUCCCACCCGCCGUCCCUUUGACCCAAACGACCGUUGCUAUGAGUGCGGUGAGAAGGGUCACUAUGCAUAUGACUGUCACCGCUACAGCCGACGCCGACGGAGCAGGUCUCGCUCUCGGUCACGCUCUCGCGGGAGGAGGUAUUCUCGCUCACGCAGCCGAAGCAGGGGCAGGAGGUCGAGGUCCUUUUCUCCUCGGCGCUCUCGCUCCGGCUCUCCUUGGAGGUCCAGGUCUGGUACACCUAGGAGGUCUAGGUCUAGGUCUAGAUCCAGGUCACACUCUCGCUCUGCCUCACGGCCAAGGAGCAGGUCAGGCUCAGUUGGGAGAUCUAGGUCUGGUUCUGCAGCUCGGAGCCGUUCCAAAUCUAGAGCCUCUCCUCAAAAACAAAGUCACUCCCCUUCUCGAAGUCGUGGCGGGAGUAAAAGCCCAGAAAGAGAUGACUGAGCUUCUGGCUUUCUUUCUUUUUAUCCUUCUCCUUGUCUUUCCUUUUUUGGAGCACCUCAGUUUAGAAAUUAAGAGUUUUUGUUUUAUUUUCUUCUUUGUUUGUUUACACGACCUACGUGGUCACUGUUUACUGCAGAAUAGAAAGGGGGGGAAAAAAGGAAAAAAACUAAUUGUGGUGUUAAAUUCAAAUAGUUGAGUUUCAGAAACAAUCUUUUGUGUGAGGGGUUUUUUGGGGUACAGUUUUAUCAGUUAUUUUCUCACCGAGUUGAUGUGCAGUAGAUGCUGUGUACAAUACAGAGAUACAAAUAUUUGGAUGAUUUAUUUUGAUUUUUUUUAUGUGCAUAUUAAAUUAAGUUUAAACUUCA